CAAUUAUCACGUACAAUAGACCAACUGACUUGCCCGACUGACAAUAACGCCCAGCACUUCCUGCUCGCCUUCCAUAAGGAUUAACAACGCCCUGCCCAACGACACUCCUUGGAUUGUUUGUGAAAUUGUGUAUGUGACUGUGUGUGUCCGUGUAUCAGUGCAGUGCAAAUAAAGUGUACCAAACGAACAGAGUUUGAAGUUGUUCCACAUCAACAACAACAGCAAUAAUAUCAACAAAUUAUUACAAACUCUCUUUUUACAAAUUAAAAACUUUUCUCGCAAGCUAUGAAGUGGCUGUUUGUAUGUUUGUGCCUCGGCGUGUUGGCCAGUAACAUGGUUACGGCUUCUUAUCCUGCGCUGCAUGCUGCCCUCCAUUUGGCCCAGCAAAAGUCAAUAACAAAUCCACAGGAUGUGCGUAACUCUCUCGAGCAGACAUCGGACUCAUCGGAAAUUGGAAAUGAUUUUGGCGCUACCGUGAGCUCUUCAGAAGAUUAUGAUGCCCAUCCUCAGUACAGCUUUGCUUAUGAUGUCAGAGACUCGCUAACCGGUGAUGAUAAGCAACAGGAAGAGAAACGUGACGGUGAUGUGGUCCAAGGACAGUAUUCCCUCAUUGAACCCGACGGCACUCGCAGAAUAGUCGAGUACACUGCCGACGAUAUCAACGGUUUCAAUGCCGUCGUCUCGAAACAGAUGUCCGAUGAACGCGCUCGUGCUGCUUCUGCUGCUCCUGGUACCUCUUCUUCGUCCCGCUACAACAGCAUUGAGGUUUUGCAAUCACAAAUCCAAGCUCAGGCAAUUGCCGAAGCACAGGCCCAGAGUGCAGCAUAUGCUGAGGCACAAGCCUUGGCUGAAGCCCAGGUCAGAGCAGAGGCAAUGGCUCAGGCCCAGCAAAACUCCCAAGCAGAAACUCAAGCCAGAAUCCAAUCCGAAAAUCAAGCCCGUGCCCAAGCCCAGCAGCUGAUGGAACAAUUUGAACAACAAUACAAACAACAACAAUUGCAACUGCAAGCUCAACAACAACUGCAACGUAGUCAACAACAACAACAGCAAUUGUUGCGUACCCAGUUCCAACAGUCCCAGGAUCGCAUCUCCAACGACCAGGCUUUGCUUCUGUCGCAGUCGUUGCCCUCUCAGGCCUUGGGUCACAGUGUGCAUGCCACCGUCGUCAAUCACCCACCCAGUCUAUUGUCGCGUCAAUCCACCGGAACUGUAUUCGCCCAGUCGCAUGACAUUCCCGCCCUAAAAGAAAUCCAAGAGAGCACUGCCCGCCUCAAUAUUGAACGCACAGGUCAACCUCAAAUUGUCAUUACCCAACCCGCCAGCGCCACUGUCCAGGCCCAAGUUAUUCACUCACCCAUUGCCACGCUUUUGGAAAGCAGCAAUGGCCUUCGAUCUGGAAGUGGUUCCAUUAUAACGACAAGAAUCUCUACGAAUGGACGUACCACUGGAUCCGGCUCAGGACUGAACAUCAAUGGAAACGGACGUCACGGAAGCAGCGAUCAACUGUUGAACGGUUUGGACAGCAGCGAAUUGCAAAAUGCCCUCUCCCGUCAAUCGGCUACAUCCAGCUCGGCCAGCAUUCGCAUUCUGAAUGGUAAUGGAAAUGGCAAUGGUAACGGCAAUGGCGAUGAUGGCAACGGCAGCCGCAACGGUGGCAGCAACGGCAAUGGUCACUACACCUUUGAAUCGUUGGGAAACAACGACAGCUUGGAAUUGCGUCUCAACGGCAAUGGAAAUGGUCUCAGAAAUUCCUUGCGUCAGCAACAGAAUAAUCGCCGCUUGCAGGGCAUCUAUCAUUCGAAUGGCAAUGGUAACGGCAAUGGCAACCGCAAUGGCAACGGUAACGGAAAUGGCAAUGGAAACGGCAAAUCUCUAUGGUAAGGAGGAGGAGAUGGACACACCGCAGCAAACAAACGCCACUCCAUAAAAAGGCAGGACGAAAGCAGAACAACGAUCUUCAGUAGAUUUUAGAAAAACCAAAUACAACACACAUACCCCUCCCACUCGACUUGGCACCUGGACCACGGCUAACUCUUCAAGGACCAUGACUCUCGUAUAACCACAAAACCAACAGCAGCAACAACAACAACCAGAAAACAACAAUUAUAGUACAGUGUUUUUGUUUUUGUUCAUAGUUUGUAAGCCUUAGUGUAAUUUGCAUUUGUUAGUUCUCUUAUCGCAAUUUCUUCAAUUGUUCACAUCAUUUGUAUUUAUUAUUAGAGUUCAUUUCAAGAUAGUUUUCUAUUCUAUUCUUUAUUCUUUAUCUUCUUAGAAAGGGAUUUGGGAAUUUUCGUAUAACUCAACACAAACUCGAUUACUAAUACUAACACACUUACCUCUUGACUAUUUGUACGCUUCUAUCUCCCGUACAAAUAAUGUCUGUCUAUAGACCCUCCAUCAACUGAUUUCUUACUCGUUAUCUACAAUAUAGCGUUGACGUUUCCGUAUCCUUUCAUUCUGCAUCCUCAAACAAACAAAAGAGUCUUCAUCUUUACCUCCAUUUUGUGUUGAGGUACUAGAGUAACUCGCUCAUAAAAUCAGACAGCUCUUAAACUGUCUCCUUUAAAAUGAAACAAAAAAGUUUUAUUUCCUUCUUUCUCUCUAUCCCUACCUUUAUAAUAUCUUCAUUGUGUCCCUCUACAUCAACAGAUAUACAUUACAAAGUAACUUACACACAUUCAUACAAACAAACACAUACACAUUCAUACAUACAUUUAUUGUGACACUUUUGUUGUAUUUUUCUUACUUUAUGUAUUUUUUAUUCUUAACAUUUUUAUUUUGUUUUUUUUUUUUUACAAUAUCUUUAUGUUUAACAAACGUUUUCAGUUUUAUUUUAUUUUUCAACUCUCUCUGUGUUUUUAAUAUUUUUAGU